AUGAUGUGUUGGGAGGGGGGGGGGGUUGUUGUGGGAUAUGGGGGGGGGUUGGGGUAUGGUUGGGGUAUGUUGUUAUGUGGAUGUGUGAUGGUGGGGAUUUUGGGGUGGGGGUAUUGUUGGUUGGGUGUGGGGGGUGGGGGUUUUUGGUGUAGAUUGGUGGUUGGGGGGGGGGUGUGUGGGGGGUUGUGUUGGGUGGGGGGGGGGUUUGGGGUUUUGGUGGUUUGGUGGGUGGUGGGGUUGGUGUUGGGAAUUUUUGGGGGGGUGGGGGGGGUAUGUGAUGGGGGGGGGUGGGGGGGAAGGGGGGGUGGGGGGGGUGAUGUGGAUGUUUGGGGGUUUUAUUAUGGGUUGAUGUGGGUGGUGGGGGUAGAUUGUGGGUGGGGGUGGAAUGGUAUGGUUGAGUGUAGUUUUGGGGGUAGGGGGGGUUUGGGGGGUAUGGUUUUGGGGGGGGUGAUGGGGGUGGGGUUGGUGGGUUGUGGGGGUUGUGGGGUUUAG